AUUUUCUUCUUUACCCCUUAAAUUUUGCUUUGAAUUGGAGAACAUUUUAUACUGGAUUUUGCUUGUACGUAAACGUUGACUAUUGCAGAAUAAAGGAAAGAAGAAAUAGAAGUAACUUAAAUAGAAGAUUGCAAUAACCAAUCGAAUAUAAGAAUUGGAUAUAUCAAAAAACUGAAUUAAAGCAACAUGGCAGCUUUCGUAGCAAAGCAGAUGGUGGGAAGUAAGCUCAACGCUGUAAAAGGGGCCGUUGGUGGUGAGGGUGGCGACGAAGAUGACAAAGAAAAGGAAGAAGAAGCCGAGAGAGAAAGACAAGAGGCUAUACGAGAAGCUGAGGAGCGUAGAAAAGAAAAACAUCGAAAAAUGGAAGAGGAGAGGGAGAAAAUGCGUCAAGAGAUAAGAGAUAAGUACAAUAUAAAAAAAAAAGAAGAGAUGCAAGAAAUACAACAGGAGGAACCAAAUCCAUUAAUGCGCAAAAAAAAGACUCCUGAAGAAUUAGCAGCUGAAGCAGAGGCAGAGGAUGAAGACGAGCUUACAAAGCUGAAAAACACAAUAACAACAGGAGUAGACGAGCUUAAAACACAAUUCGAAGCCAGGUGCAACCUCCAAUGAGUUUACUUCACUGAACUGUGCUCGAUUGGCCGAGAAGUCCUUCUUAUCUCCACCCAUUACGAGCUUAAUACAACGACAAUGACAACCAGCAUGACAAUAUUGACGACGACGGUGACAAAAACUAUAAAAAGAAAGGAAGCAGAAUAGAGAAUCAAUUCAACCGACGAGACGCGUAUAACAUGAAAACACCACUAUUGGCAAUCAAACCAGUAAUGGUUUAGGACAAAAGCUAACUGAAUCGCAUAGAAAGAGAUCAAGAGAGAGAGAGAGAGGGA